UAGGUGGUUUUUGAGGUAUGAUUGAUUCAUAUGAACAAACAAAAAAGAAAAGGAGUGAGAACAGAGGCUGAGACUCAGAGAGAGAAAGUUGUGGGAAACAAAGAAAAGCAAAACACAGAGAAGUAAGAAGAAAGAGAAAAAGCCAUUAUUCUUUUGGGAACCAGAUUCAUGGGUUUUAUUACAUGUGCACCCCCUUACAUUGGUAUAAAUAGAUAAAGCCAAUAUUGAGUUUCUCAAUUGUAGGAAGACUCUUCGGUGUGCAUUUCGUGCAGAGAGAAUGAGCUUCAAUAGCUCCAACGCCGCUUCUGGUAGUAGAACUGGUAGCAGGGCGUUUGAGUUUGGAAGGACCCAUGUAGUGAGGCCUAAAGGGAGACACCAAGCAACUAUAGUUUGGCUACAUGGCCUUGGUGAUAAGGGUUCAAGUUGGUCCCAGCUCUUGGAAAGCCUUCCUCUUCCUAAUAUUAAGUGGAUUUGCCCUACUGCUCCUUCUCGACCUGUAGCUCUAUUUGGCGGAUUCCCUUGCACUGCUUGGUUUGACAUGGGAGAAAUUUCAGAAGAUGCUCCUGAUGAUAUGGAGGGGUUAGAUGCCUCAGCAGCGCAUGUCGCAAAUCUUUUGUCAACAGAGCCUGCUGAUAUAAAACUUGGUGUUGGUGGCUUCAGUAUGGGUGCUGCAACUGCCCUCUACUCAGCCACGUGCCGUGUUUUAGGGCAAUAUGGGAAUGGAAACCCGUACCCAGUUAACCUAAGUGCAAUUGUUGGUUUAAGUGGCUGGCUUCCAUGUUCAAGAACUUUGACGAACCAGAUGGAAAGGUCACACGAGGCUGCAAGGCAUGCAGCAUUCUUGCCCAUUUUGUUAUGUCAUGGCUUAGGUGAUGAUGUGGUCGCAUAUGAACAUGGAGAGAAAUCUGCGCAGACCUUGAAUUCAGCAGGAUUUAGAAAUCUCAUGUUUAGAAAAUACAACGGGCUGGGUCACUACACAAUCCCUGAAGAGACCGAUGACGUUUGUACUUGGCUAACUUCUAGUCUGGGGCUUGAGGGAUCCCGAUCUUACUAGCGGAAGAUAUCUGGGAAUGGUGAGUUAGCGCAGGGAAUACAAACGAGGAGAUUAUAAAAAAUAAAAAUAAAAAAAUAGAGGAUUAGAAGGGGCAUACUACAUUAGAUGGUGGUAUGGGCAUAUAUACAUGGUAGUGGCAUUUCUUAUAGCUACUAGUGCCUUGUGAUCUCUAUCUCACUCUCCGUGGUACUCUCUUUUCCUUGCAAUAACUUUCUAACCGAGGCUGACUCUUGUACUUGCGUCCUGGUUGCCCGGUUGCUGCGAGCUUUGUACGUGUGUUGUUUAGGGUAGGGGAUGGGAGCUGGAUGGAAUCUCUUCGUCCCCAUCCACAAAAUUUUGUUGUUUUGAUAAUAAAAGUGAUUCUGAAUAUGUCAGUAUUUUGGAAAUUUUAGUAAUGCAUGUAAAAUGGUAGAGAAUGAUGGUUCUUAAUGGAUACUUGAGUGUUUAUACUUUGUA